AUGGGGAAGGACCAGGAGCUGCUGGAAGCUGCUCGUACUGGCAAUGUGGCUCUGGUGGAGAAACUCCUAUCUGGCAGGAAAGGAGGGAUCCUGGGCGGUGGAUCUGGACCUCUGCCCCUGUCUAAUCUGCUAAGCAUCUGGCGAGGUCCCAAUGUGAACUGCACAGACAGUUCGGGUUACACCGCUUUACACCACGCAGCCUUAAAUGGACAUAAGGACAUAGUUCUCAAACUACUUCAGUACGAGGCAUCAACCAAUGUAGCAGACAACAAGGGCUACUUCCCCAUUCACCUGGCUGCCUGGAAAGGAGACGUGGAGAUUGUGAAGAUUCUCAUCCACCACGGACCUUCACAUUCCAGAGUCAAUGAACAGAACAAUGAGAACGAAACCGCCCUCCACUGUGCAGCGCAAUACGGACACUCGGAAGUAGUUGCCGUUCUCCUAGAAGAGCUCACGGACCCCACGAUUAGGAACAGCAAACUGGAGACCCCGCUGGACUUGGCAGCACUCUACGGGCGGCUAAGGGUGGUGAAGAUGAUCAUCAGUGCACACCCAAACUUAAUGAGCUGUAACACUCGGAAGCACACGCCGCUCCACCUCGCAGCCCGCAAUGGUCACAAGGCAGUGGUACAGGUGCUGCUGGAGGCGGGGAUGGACGUGAGCUGUCAAACAGAAAAGGGGAGUGCUCUUCACGAAGCGGCUUUGUUCGGGAAGGUGGACGUGGUGCGAGUUCUGUUGGAAACAGGAAUUGAUGCCAACAUAAAGGACAGUUUAGGUAGAACUGUCUUAGACAUUCUGAAAGAGCACCCGUCUCAGAAGUCUCUCCAGAUUGCAACGCUCUUGCAAGACUAUUUGGAAGGCGCAGGAAGGUCAGCGGUCCUGGAAGAGCAUGCCCAGGAAGAUACAGCACAAGAGACACACCUUUCGUCUCCUGCUGAGUCCCCUCAAAAGACUAAAAGUGAAACGGUCACUGGAGAACUUUCAAAACUCCUGGAUGAAAUAAAACUCUGUCAAGAGAAGGAUUAUUCCUUUGAAGAUUUGUGCCAUACGAUCUCAGACCACUACUUAGAUAAUCUGAGCAAGAUUUCAGAGGAAGAGCUUGGAAAAAAUGGAAGCCAGAGCGUAAGAACUUCAUCUACAAUAAAUUUGUCACCAGGAGAAGUGGAAGACGAAGAGGAGGAUCCAAACUCUUGUGGCCCCACAGGACUCUGGGAAGCGCUAACUCCUUGUAACGGAUGUAGGAACCUUGGCUUUCCCAUGCUCGCACAGGAGUCUUAUCCAAAGAAGAGGAAUUACCCCAUGGAAAUCGUACCAUCUGCUUCUCUGGACACAUUCCCUUCAGAAAAUGAGAACUUCCUUUGUGAACUCGUGGACACAGCUGUUACAAAGAAACCCUGCUCCUUAGAAAUUGCAAGAGCACCUUCUCCGAGAACUGAUAAUGCCUCUGAGGUAGCAAUUACUGCUCCAGGAACUAGUCACCAUAGAAACAGUUCUACAGGCCCAACACCUGACUGCUCACCUCCGUCCCCCGACACUGCCCUAAAAAAUAUCGUAAAAGUUAUCCGACCUCAGGACCAACUGGAGGUAGGGGGCAGCAUCUUUCCCUUGCCCAUGCCACCACUUAAUAGACAAGUUGUGGGACCAGCUCUCACGUGGUCAUUCCCUUGGGACCAGCUCACCUGUACCCCUGCCACCAGGGUCGGCUCUGCGUUGUGCAAGCAAGAUGCAGAGCCUGCUCUUCCAAGUGCUGCAGCUGUUGAGGGGCAGGACUCUCAUGACCCCAGGGCCAGCUCUCCUGCUUACUGCAGCAGGCAAGGAGUGGUGGGGGAUGAGGGAUUUUCUUUAUCAGAUUAUUUGAGAUUUAUGAUUUUUCAGAGUACAUUAGAAUGUCCUGUUUGGGAACUGAAAUUAAUGGAAACAGGGGACUGGGGAGAACCGUCCAUCACCUUGAGGCCUCCUAAUGAAGCCACAGCCUCAACUCCUGUCCAGUACUGGCAACAUCACCCAGAAAAACUCAUCUUCCAGUCAUGUGACUACAAAGCCUUUUAUUUAGGUUCUAUGCUGAUAAAAGAGCUGAGGGGAACAGAGUCAACACAGGAUGCUUGUGCAAAGAUGCGGGCUAACUGUCAGAAGUCUACAGAGCAAAUGAAGAAAGUCCCCACCAUCAUUCUUUCCGUCUCAUAUAAAGGAGUCAAAUUUAUCGAUGCGGCAAAUAAGAACAUAAUCGCCGAACAUGAAAUUCGUAAUAUCUCCUGUGCUGCCCAGGACCCAGAAGACCUCUCGACAUUUGCUUAUAUCACAAAAGAUUUGAAGUCCAAUCACCACUACUGUCACGUGUUUACUGCCUUUGAUGUGAAUUUAGCCUAUGAAAUCAUCCUUACGCUGGGACAGGCAUUCGAAGUCGCUUACCAGCUAGCUCUACAAGCAAGAAAAGGGGGCCAUUCCUCCACACUUCCAGAAAGCUUUGAGAACAAGCCCUCAAAACCCAUCCCUAAGCCCCGAGUUAGCAUUCGAAAGUCAGUGAUCGACCCUUCUGAGCAAAAGACUCUGGCCAAUCUGCCGUGGAUUGUGGAGCCGGGGCAAGAAGCCAAGAGGGGCAUUAAUACCAAGUAUGAAACCACGAUUUUCUGA